GAGACGUUGAAAUGCGGAAGAUCAGCAGUAGCAGCAACACAGAGGUGUUAACCGGGGUUCCCUGGGUGUCAAUUCACACACUGACCUACACUGGGCCAAAGGAAAUGAUCUCGAUGGAUAUUAUUUAUUACAUAACUUACUGGAAAUAAAUGCACUGAAGUGAAACUGAAUCAACUGUGUGUGGCGAUACACACGGAUUAAAAUUUGGGGGCCCCCAAUAUCGCAGCCCGUGACCCCUGGGACUGGGGAAAUAAACCCAGUCGUCGGUUCCAUGCCCAAAGAGAGGCGGAGGUCGCUCCGAGGGGCGGUGUUCUCCCGUUUGUCUCCUAUUUGCGACGGAUCAGGGAGAGGAGGAGGAGGAGAACGCGAAGGAAACUUUUCGCCCACAGAGAUUUGUGAUGAUCCAACACAGAUGGCGGAACAGUAUAGUGUGCAAGCAGGCUUUCUCCCAGUCAAUAGCCCGGUGAGAGGGUGCUUGGUGCCGCAGGUGACCAUCACAUCUGACGGGGAAUCCCGAGAGAUCACGCAGGACGAUCUGGAGGAGGAGGAGGUGAAUGGUUGGCUGUGCCGUAAACUCUCCAACUCAUCCCUCUCUUCUAAUGGCUCUUCCACGGCGUUUGAUGAGUCGGAGGAUGACAUCCUCAGUGACAACGAGACCAAGAGCAAAGGCAUCGUGACUCUGGAGCAUUUGGGGGACUCAGUGGACACAGGAGAGCAAAACAAUGCCUGGUGGAAACUGAAGACUAUUGUCCAUUGUCCUUUGGUAGCCUCACAACGAAAACGACUAUCCUGGGUUCAGUUAGCAGGCCAUAAAGGCAGCUUCAAAGCAGGAGAUGAGGGCUCCAUACUGAAGAAGUUCUCAGAGAAUGAGAAGCAGUGUUUUGAGAGGCUAAAAGAGGAUGCUUUAAAUUCUUUUGUGCCAGGCUACCAAGGAGUGGUUGAGAGAGACGGAGAACUAUUUCUGAAAAUGAAAGACUUAUUGACCAGCUUUGAUAUGCCGAAUGUCAUGGACUGCAAAAUGGGAGUGAGGACAUAUCUGGAGGACGAGCUGGUGCGGGCGAGGGUGAAGCCUAAGCUACGCAGAGACUUGUAUAAUAAGAUGCUGGAGGUGGACAGUGAGGCUCCUACAGCUGAGGAACAGAAGCAGCAGGCUGUUACUAAACCACGCUACAUGCAGUGGAGGGAAAGUCUCAGCUCUACUAACACUCUGGGCUUCCGCAUCGAGGGUAUCAAGAGAGGUGAAACCUGCAACACGGAUUUUAAAAGGACAUGCUCAAAGGAAGAUGUCAUUCAGGUCUUCAAGGAUUUCAUCGGAUGCAAUAAAAACAUACUUAACUCAUAUAUUACAAGGCUUCAGGAUAUCAAACAGGCUCUGAAGAAUUCAGAGUUCUUCAAGAGACACGAGGUCAUUGGGAGUUCACUUCUCUUCAUUCACGAUCACACAGAGAGAGCUGAAGUCUGGCUCAUUGAUUUUGGCAAGACCACAACUCUUCCGGAUGGACAGACCUUGGAUCACUACAGACCCUGGGAGGAGGGCAACCGAGAGGACGGAUACCUAUUGGGCCUUGACAACCUGCUCCAGACCCUUGCCUCACUUUCCAGGGAGUGACCUUUUGACAUCUUAAAGAGAACUUUUGACUUACUGCCCGAAUGACAGCAAUGGGAUGGAUGCUGACAGACACUUACAAAUCUUUUGCAGUGCAUUAUAGAGAAGCUACUGGUGAAAGAAUCAAUUACUUUACAGUAUUACGUUUUUAUUGUCAGACCAUGAUCGUAGUUUAAAAAACUCAAAUUGAUAUCACAUUGAUCUUUGAUACAGUAUAUUGUCUGUCAUUGUGCAUCAUACAGUUCAUCCUCCCCAAGGCUUUAUGUACAUACUGGCACCUAUCAUAAUCACUUGUUUUUAUAUAUAUACAGUAUAUACAGUACACAGUAUAUACUUAAUAUAGGACAAACUCACAUGAAUAGUUGGUUGUAAGUAACAUUUUUACAUAUCUAGGCCCAACAAACACUAGUCAAACAAUUGAUAUUACACAACUUACUGUUUUCUAAAAUUGUUCCAUCAAACUAAUGUGUAGAACCACAUUGCAACAAUUAAAGGAAUAGUUCACCCAAAAAUUUAAUCAUAAUUUAUUCAUGAUGUUCCAAGCCUUUAUGACUUUCUUUCUUUUUUUAAUGGAACACAAAAGGAGAUAUUAAGAAGUAUGUCUGGGACUCAUAGUCACCAUUCGCUUUCAUUGCAUGAAAGUUAAUGGUGAAUGAGGCUUUCAGUCUCAAACAUUCUGCCUAACACAGAAGAAAGAAUGUCAUAUGAGUUAGGAACAACAUGAGGGUGAGUAAAUCAUGGAAAAUUUUUCUUUAUUUAGGUAAAACUAUCCCUUUAAGCAAAUAUAGCUCAUAUUUUCUAGUGUGCUAAGUGGAACAUUUAUGCAAGAAUACAGUGUGAAUAAUGCACGCAUGCAUUCCUAGUACAAUAAUAGUUUGGUAAUAUUUUGUUCUUUGACCACAGUGAUCAGUCAAAGGUGGUGUUAUAUAUUAUUCUUUUGAUGAUUGCAUGGGCAUAUUUUAUUGGUGUUAGGUUGAAGAAUCUGGGUUGCAAUUUUCCAUACUGCACAUAACACCAAGCGUUUUCAUUAUGGAUAAGACAAACUUAACCUUGUGACACUAUUUUGUUUUUUAGGGCAGGUGAGAUUUGUUACAGUGUUCCCUGUGCAGUAUGUUUAUGACAAAUAAAACAUCUGCUUAAAAUC